GAAAACAAUGUAUAUGCAUAUUAAUGUAAUGUUUGAUGCCUUGUUAAUUUACAAAAACAUAAUUACUGAAGAUCUUAAUAUUAGUUAUAAAUCCAGUGACAAAAGUUGUAAAAUACCACAUAUAUAAGAAUAGAGUUAUCUUAUAUAGUACAUUUGUUUUAGUGGGAUACAUAUAUAUAUCCUCAAACUAACAAAAAACGUUUUGUCCAAUUUUGACAUAGUUUAGUUUCAUUAUUUAUACAUCAAAUACAUUAAUAACUUAAAACGCACAUAUCAGGUUUUGCAAGUUUGCUAGAUACGUAAAAUAACUCUUUUUUCAUAUCAAACUUUUUGCUUCAUUUCUUUUCUCUAAUUUUUAAAUAUAAGUAAUUAGGUCUAAAAUAAAAUGUCUAAUUUUCAUUUUAUAAAAAAUAAAAAUUUUAUUUUAGAAAUCCAAUUUAUAUAUAUAUAAUGCAUAAUAUAAAAUACAAACAUUUACCUUUUUACUAUUGGUUCCAAACCAUAUUUCUUUUUGUUACUAUUCACAUUUUAUUCUCCGCUUUUUUAUUUAACCCCUAAUAUUUCGCAGUUUAUAAAACAAUACUUAAAAGGUACUGCGUAACAUUAUUCGCUUAUUUUGCUGUUCUCAUUCAGUCUAAAAAUUACUCUUACUAUCUAAAUCUAAAACUGAAUUCAAUUCAAUUAUUUGAGUAUUACACAGUUUUCACUAUUCUCUAUUUUAAUGUAUAAACUAAAAAAUUAAUCAAAUUCUUACUAAAAUUUUAAUAUAUUCUAUUAAUUUGUUACGUGUGGGCCAUCCACCUACUGAACUGUAUAUUUAAAUAGUAAUAUUUUAAAAAUCUAUGGUAUUGCUUGCUCAAGUUUUCUUUAUCUACUAAAGACAUUAUAGUUGUAUGUAUAUAGUGUUGGAUGUUCUGCUUUAGGGUUUUUGGGUUGUAUGUGUUUAAGACAAUCAAGAAGGAAGAGGAUGUUGAAUCUGAUGGCCCACGCCUCAAUGAUAAGAUUACCGCCGAGACUGUAAGAUUGGUUUCCGAGGAAGGACAUUGUAUUGUGACUCUGAAGGAAGCUUUCAGACGGGCAAAAGAGCUCAAGCAUGACUUAGUUGAGGUCCAAAGAGAUGCUAAGCCACCAGUGUGUAAAAUUGUAGCCUAUGCACAUGACAAGUACAAAAAAGAUCAAGUAGGAAAGGAGCGUGCUAAGGCCAAGCGGGCUGAAGUAACCAUUAGACCUGAGGUCAAGGAAAUUCAUUUUACUCCAAUGAUUGAUGCAAAGGACCUACAGUUUAAAGCAAAGCAAGCAUCAACACUGAUGGAGAUGUGAAGGAUGCAAAGGACCUACAUAUUUCUUUUUUGUUAACAUUCAUAUUUUAUCAUUCAACCCUUUUUUGUUUAACCAUUAAUAUUCCACAACUUAUAAAACAUCACUUUAAAAGUACUACAUAAUAUUAUUCACUUAUUCCUUUGUUACCGUUCAAUCUAAAUAUUACUCUUACUA